UGUUUUGCAUUUCUAAUUAUAGUGACAUAGAAAAGAAGGUCUAGUUGUCGUCAAGAAACUAUUAGCAUUAAACAUUAGGACUCGAGCAGCGUCAUUUUGCGCGUCUGACGUCUGUGAAUGUGAUGCAUGUGUCUGUGGAGUAUCUGUCCAAGGUGCUGAAACCGCCGCGCAGCGUAUAGCAGCAACGCGAUGCGCUUUCUGGAGUCUUACCGCAUCAUUUAAGCUCAUAUAAAUACUUUUUAACCGAAGGAGACCAAAACAGUGUCGGAAUGCUGCCCAACGACACCUUUAGAAACCUGGAGGAUGGUUUAUAUCUAUUAAACUCCUCCAACGAGACGCAUAGCGGGGAUUCUCACGGCACCAGCGCGAUCUUUAUAUCCUUCAUCUAUUCCGUGGUGUGUCUGGUGGGACUCUGUGGGAACUCGAUGGUGAUUUAUGUCAUUUUCAGGUAUGCAAAGAUGAAAACUGCAACUAACAUUUACAUUUUAAACUUGGCGAUCGCGGAUGAGUUACUCAUGUUGAGCGUACCCUUCUUGGUGACCUCUUCUUUACUUCACCACUGGCCCUUUGGAUCUCUGCUGUGCCGUUUGGUUCUGAGCGUCGAUGCUAUAAACAUGUUCACCAGCAUAUACUGUCUCACUGUGUUGAGUAUUGAUAGAUACAUCUCCGUCGUGCACCCCAUCAAAGCCGCCCGUUACCGGAGACCCACCAUCGCCAAAAUAGUCAACUUGGGGGUCUGGAUGUUCUCCAUCCUGGUCAUCUUACCCAUCAUUAUCUUCUCCACUACUGCACCCAAUUCUGAUGGGUCGGUGGCAUGCAACAUGCAGAUGCCCGAACCUGAACGGCAAUGGAUGGCUGUAUUUGUGAUUUAUGCUUUUCUAAUGGGCUUUCUAUUUCCUGUCAUUGCCAUAUGCAUGUGCUACAUCCUCAUUAUAGUGAAAAUGCGGGUGGUUGCGUUGAAAGCGGGUUGGCAGCAACGCAAAAAGUCGGAGAGGAAGAUUACGUUGAUGGUGAUGAUGGUGGUAACUGUGUUUGUGAUCUGUUGGAUGCCCUUUCACAUCAUGCAGCUGGUUAGUGUAUUUGUUCAGCAGCAUAAUGCCACUCUCAGUCAGCUGGCUGUGAUUUUAGGAUAUGCCAACAGCUGUGCCAACCCCAUCCUGUACGGAUUCCUAUCGGACAACUUCAGACGCUCGUUCCAGAGGAUUUUAUGCCUCCGAUGGUGGGAUAACGCCACGGAGGAGCCCAUAGAUUACUAUGCCACAGCUCUGAAGAGUCGAGGAUAUAGUGCGGACGAAUUUCAGCAGGAUAAUCUGGAAUCGGACAGCACUUACAGAAAUGGCACAUGUACAUCUAGAACUACAACACUGUAGGACAGUAUAACACCAUAAAAAAAAUACUUGAUUUGUUAUAUGUUGUCAUUGAAGUAUAUGCUAUUUUAUUGUUUUUCGUUAAUAUGUUUGGGUAACACUUUAGAUGAACUUUCGUAAUGACAUUAAUAAAAAAAUUUCGAUUACAUAACACUUGAUCAGUAGUUAAUGUACAUUCAAACACUUACGUAUAAUGCCAUUGUCGAUUCAUUUACUUUUAUAUUGGCCUAGCAUAUAUUCAUAUUUGAAUGUGCAUUAUCUUUUUAAUAUGUUCAGAGACCAAAGCUUUGACAUUUAUGAUUUUUUUAUUUUUCUCCUUGAAAGUGUUUUGAGGAAGCCACUGAUUAUUUAAAAAAUAAAUAAAUAAAUAAAUAAUAAAAAAAAA